AUUUUGACAUCUCUAGUAUUAUUUCACAAGUUAAUUAAAAAACAUAAAAAAAUACACACCUAUAAAUCAAAAUAAAAUGGGACUAUUUGGUAAAAGUCAUGAAAAGAAUCCAAAAGAGCAGGUACAAGAAUGGACUCAUAAAUUGAGAAAAGAGGGUUAUCAAUUAGAUCGACAGGUUAGAGCAAUUCAACGUGAAGAAGAUAAAGUUAAAAAAUCACUGAAAGAGGCAGCUAAAAAAGGUGACAAGGAUGUUUGUAAAAUAUUAGCUAAAGAAAUAAUACGUGCGCGUAAAGCAUGUAAUAAAAUCUAUACGUCGAAAGCGCAUUUAAAUUCAGUGUCUCUGCAAAUGAAAAAUCAAUUGGCGACGAUAAGAGUCGCUGGGUCCUUGUCGAAGUCGACGGAAGUUAUGCAGGCGAUGCAGUCACUGGUCAAAGUGCCAGAAGUCGCAGCAACAAUGCGGGAAAUGUCAAGGGAAAUGAUGAAAGCUGGUAUUAUUGAAGAAAUGCUCGAUGAAACAAUGGAUUCUAUUGAAGAUUCUGAGGAUAUGGAAGAUGAAGCUGAUGAAGAAGUAGACAAGAUCCUAUGGGAAUUAACUGCUGGACAAUUAGGCACUGCGCCAGCAGUUGUUACUGAAACACCUGGUGCUUCAACAUCUAAACAGGAAGAAACAGAAGAAGAAGUCGAUGAUACUGAGCUUGAAGAUAUGAAAAAUCGAUUACAAAGUUUACGAAGUUAAUUUAUAGUUAUAUUUAUUAUUUAAAUUUAAAUUAACCGUACAUAGAACACUAGCUUAUGCUUAACGCCUUCUCCUCACCAACUAGCUUAAUGCACUUGUUAAUAUUAACUUAACUCCUGUUAUUUAUUUUAAAUCCCACUUUCAGUGAGUCAGUAUUCGAAUAUAGAAAAUAAAAUUAAUUAUUUUAUUAACUGAAUUGUAUAUUAUAUUUUUUCUUUAAUGAGAAGCUGGCUUCGUGUUCACAAUUUUUCGUACUUUAUAAAAAAAAUAAUAAUUAAUGUUGAAUGAAAUAUUUGAGCACCAAAAAAAUUAGUGAAGAUUAAGAAAAAAUAAUGUUAUAUAUUUUGUAACAUUUUUUAUAAAUUAUCUUUUACUAUUUAAUAAGCAUUGUUUUUUUUUUUUUUAAUUGAGUAUGUAAAUAAAUACUUAAUAGUUAGGGGUGCGCGAAUAGUUCGAACUAUUAAUUAAUUAACGAAUAAUUCAAAAAUUAUCUUUGGAACGAUUUAAAAUUGUAAUAGUUAUUAGAAUAUCCCAAGUAACACAGAGUCAACUUUAAGAUAUCUUAAAGAUGUCUUUUAAAAGGACAAGACAAAUUUUUUUUUGUCUCAAAGUCAUCUUUUUUGGUAUGAAUACGACAUGCAAAUGUUGGUUCUGAAGACAGAAAAAAUUUGUGUUGUUUUUCCUGUCUCAUGUCAAUUGAAAAGUCGUUUAGAUGACUGAUAUCUUAUCGAAAAUAGAUGUCACAAAGGCAAGUGUACUACCUGGGUAAUUCAAAUUUUGGUCAGAGGUAAAAAUAGCUUAGACACAAAUCUAUGAAAAUUAUUUUUAUGUACUUUAAAAACUAAGCUCUUCGUUAAAUAAAAAUUUAAUAUAUAAAAGCUGACCAAAAUUUUUUCGCUUUGAAGAGAGCAAUUUAAAAAGUUACAAAUAAUUUAAAAACCCGCACAAUUUUAAAAUUGACGAAUAAUUCGAA